AUGGCCAAUGCUCAGACUGUCCUAGACUAUCUAAGGGUAGCACCACCGGGCCUCACUACCGAAGAAACCAACAAAACGCCCAACACCACCAAUGGCAAUUAUUCCUGGAGAGACAUCAACAAUGUUGGCGACUGGUCCGAAUUCACCUACGCCCAUGUUAUGCAGCGCUACGGGAACUUGCUUCAGUCAGCACAGAUUGCGGGCGAACCAAUGCCAAACUCACCUCCACAAUCUAUCAACACCGAGCCGAUGUUUGCCGUCCGUUUCACCACCUACAUCCAAAGUGAUGCAGCGCAGAUCAUAGACAACUUCCGACCAGACAUAGCAUUUUUUCAAGCAGAUAGCACACUCAAACUCCUCCCCGAAUCGCUGCCCGGGCGACCUGAAAGUGUCAUGGAAAUGGGCGUCACACUGGGCAACGGCGUUAUCUGCAGAAGAUCGCAGGGAAUAUAA